CUAUUUCUUUCCUUUUUGGUUGGCAGCCCACACUUCAUAAACCCAGUAUAAUGGCACAUGUGGUUCGUGUUUUAAAGGGGGAAAAGACAAUACGUAUGCACUAUGCAAAUUGCAGCACAUAUAAUGCUGAUUUUGAUGGCGACGAAAUGAAUGUUCAUUUCCCACAAGAUGAAAUUUCUCGUGCUGAGGCCUAUAACAUUGUUAAUGCAAAUAAUCAGUAUGUCAGGCCUUCCAGUGGUGAACCACUUAGAGCGUUAAUUCAGGAUCAUAUCGUAAGUGCUGCUCUCCUGACUAAGAAGGACACUUUCUUAAAUCGAGAAGAAUUUAAUCAGCUUUUGUACAGCUCAGGUGUGUCUGUUGUUGGAUUAGGUUCUGCUUCUGGAAAACCUGGCAAGAAAGUUUCUAUAUGGAGCUCAGAAGGAGACAUGCUUCCUAUUCUUCCUGCAAUCUGGAAGCCAAAGCCUCUGUGGACAGGAAAGCAGGUUAUUACUGCUGUGCUAAAUCACAUAACUAAAGGGUGCCCGCCAUUCACUGUUGAGAAAGCUGGGAAACUUCCACGGGACUUUUUCAAAAGUAAAUCAAUUGAAAAUGUGAUGAGCAAGAGAAAAUGGAAUGACAAAGAUAAAGUGAUGAAAAAGAAACAGAAAUCUGUGUAUACACUCAGCAAGGAAAGAGAGUGUGCAGACGAAAAUGAAUCAGAGAAGUUAGUGGAUAAUGAAGAUAAGCUGUUAAUCUAUAAAAACGAUUUUGUGCGAGGUGUGAUUGAUAAGGCUCAGUUUGCUGAUUAUGGUCUGGUUCAUACGGUACAAGAGCUCUAUGGCUCAAAUACUGCAGGACUUUUUCUCUCUGCAUUGAGUCGUCUGUCCACUGUUUUCCUGCAGAUGCGGCAUGGACUCACUUGUGGAUUAGAUGAUCUUUUGAUAAAGAAAGAUAAGGACGAUGCAAGAACAAGGCAACUAGAAGAGUGUGAUCAUAUUGGUGAGAAAGUACUUUGUAAAGCUCUUGGAAUUAAAGCUGAAGCUAAAAUAGACCCAAAGGAAUUAAAAUCAAAAAUUGAAAGAACUAUAUGUAGUGAUGGCGAUGCUGCCUUGACAUCCUUGGAUAGGAGCAUUGUGAAUGAACUGAAUCAAUGUACAAGCAAGGGUAUUAUGAAUGAGUUGUUAUCUGAGGGGUUGUUGAAGCCCACUGGAAAGAACUGGAUAUCUCUUAUGACUACAUCAGGGGCUAAAGGUAGUAAGGUUAAUUUCCAACAAAUAUCUUCACAUUUGGGACAGCAAGAAUUGGAAGGAAAGCGAGUCCCUCGAAUGGUUUCUGGAAAGACAUUACCCUGCUUCCAUCCUUGGGAUUGGGCCCCAAGAGCUGGGGGGUUUAUUAGUGAUCGCUUUCUUACUGGUCUUCGUCCUCAAGAAUAUUAUUUCCAUUGCAUGGCUGGGCGUGAAGGGUUAGUUGACACUGCUGUCAAAACAUCCCGCAGUGGAUACCUACAAAGAUGCUUAAUAAAAAAUCUUGAGAGCCUGAAGGUGAGUUAUGAUUAUACAGUCCGUGAUGCUGAUGGUUCGAUAAUUCAAUUCCAAUAUGGAGAAGAUGGUGUGGAUGUUCAUCGGACAAGCUUUAUUGCAAAGUUCAAAGAACUGACAGCUAAUCAAGAUAUGAUCCUCGAAGCAUGUGGUCGGGGGACGACCUUUGAUACUUCGAAUCAUUAUAUAACGGAAUUGCCCUCUGCUCUUAAGAAGAAAGCUGAGAAAUUUGUGAAGGAACUCCCCUUAAAUGACCGAGUUGCUCUGAAUUUAGUCAAACAAGAGGAACUCUUGAAGUUAUUGAAGUCCAGAUUCCUCUCAAGUCUUGCCCAGCCAGGGGAGCCAGUUGGUGUACUUGCUGCCCAGUCUGUAGGGGAACCUUCGACGCAAAUGACGUUGAACACUUUCCAUCUUGCUGGACGAGGUGAAAUGAAUGUCACACUGGGAAUUCCUCGCCUACAGGAAAUCUUGAUGACUGCUUCGAAUGAUCUCAAAACUCCAAUAAUGACAUGCCCUUUGCGAGAGGGGAGAACAAAGGAGGACGCAAACCGUCUUGCUGAUAGAUUGAGAAAAAUUGCGGUAGCAGACAUAAUAGAGAGGAUGGAAGUAUCUGUUGUACCUUUUGCCAUUCAAGACAACCAAAUAUGCAGUAUUCAUAAGCUUAAGAUGAAACUGUACAAACCUGAACACUAUCCAGAGUACACAGAUAUUUCAGUUGAAGACUGGGAAGAUACCUUGCAGAUUUCGUACUUGAGGGAGCUGGAGGAUGCCAUACAAAAUCAUCUGGUUUUGCUCUCUAGAAUCAGUGGUAUAAAGAAUUUUUAUGCCCGGACUCACGACCAAAGGGCUUCAAAUGAGACUGAUGAAGAUUUUUCUGCCAGUGAAUCACGGCGUGUGGAAGAUGAUGAUGAUUCUGGUGAUGACGAUGUUCAAGACGUUGAGGACCUUGCAGAUGCACAAAAGCGGAAAAAACAAAUUCCAGAUGAGAUGGACUAUGAAGAUGGUUCUGAAGAGGAAAUUAAUGAAGAAUCUCUCAUGUUAGAGUUGAAGGCGACAAUUCUGACAUUGAGAACGAGGAUGAGAUUGAAAUUAGCAAGGAUGAUAUCAUCGAGUUACGGGAUGGUAAGGGUGAGGUCUCUAAAAGUUCAGUAAAACCAUCAAAGGAUGAUGCCUUUGAAAGUCAACUGUCUGAAAAACCCUCCCAAGUCAAAGUCACGAGCUGAAAAGACCAAAUCAGAAACCAAAAGAACAAAGAAAGUCAAAGCCAAAUUUUUCAAGAAGGAAACAGAUCGUGCAGUUUUUAUAGAAGCCAAGGGAUUAGAGUUUGAGGUCCAUUUUAAAUUUGUCAACGAACCUCAUAUUCUGCUAGCUCAGAUUGCUCAGAAGACAGCAAAGAAGGUUUACAUACAGAACUCUGGAAGAAUUGAGCGAUGUCAAGUGGGCGAUUGCAGUGAUGGUCAGGUGAUUUACUAUGGAAAAGAUCCAAAGGAUAGAAAAGAUAUCAAGACCGAAGACAAGAAAUCAAUUCCGGCACUGAAUGCAGCCGGAAUAGAUUUAGUUUCCUUCUGGCAAUUGCAAGAUCACCUUGAUGUCAGGUACAUAUAUUGCAACAGCGUACAUGCUAUGCUAAAUACAUAUGGGGUGGAAGCGGCUAGAGAGACCAUCAUCAGGGAGAUAAAUCACGUUUUCAAGUCUUACGGGAUUUCUGUGAAUAUCCGGCACCUGACGCUCAUUGCUGACUACAUGACGCACACAGGGGGUUAUCGUCCCAUGAGUAGACUUGGGGGCAUAGCAGAUUCUACAUCACCAUUUGCUAAAAUGUCUUUUGAGACCGCAUCCAAGUUCAUCCUCCAUGCAUCUCAGUAUGGGGAGGCAGACAACUUGGAGACUCCUUCAGCCAGAAUCUGUCUCGGGUUGCCAGUGAAAAUGGGCACUGGAUGUUUCGACUUGAUGCAAAAAUUGGAAGUCUAAUGCAUACUGAAAUUGUAAAAUUUUGUGCCUCUAUUGAAAAAAAAAUUUUGGCCUUGGCAUGUAUUCUUUUAAUAGAUCUUCAGAAUCGACUCUAUGUUGAGGAAAUUAAGGGAAAGCAUUGUAUAGCAUUUUGAGGUAUAAUGAUACAGUCCUGAUAUUUUGUCUCAUAGUGGUUCAGGUCAAUCUUCACAGUUGAUUCGUAGGAUUAUGUCAUGAUUUUCAAUUACAUUGACUAAUCUUACUUUUA